UGUGUUAUCAGAUAGUGAUUUAUUGAUUUGCAGUUAUGCCCAUGAAUGAAUCCGCAGAGAGCUCUAUCAGGGUGGAUGGCGAAAGCCCAGUGUGCAGUCUAGAUGAGGCUCUUACUUCUGUGGGGUUUGGGACAUUCCAAGUGCUUGCUUACGCUUGGUUGGAUUGCAGAAGCAAUGGAACUUAUGAUUCUAUCCUUGGUGGGACCCGUGGUUAAGUCCCAGUGGGAUCUCUCCCCAGGCCAAGAGAGUCUACUAUCAACCGUUGUUUUUGCUGGCAUGCUUGUUGGAGCAUUUUCUUGGGGCCUUGUUUCGGAUUACUAUGGAAGGAGGCAGGCCAUUUUCCUCUUAUUUCCUUCCAUUCUGAGAUGCUUUGCCUUGGAAGGGUUUGCUGGGACCAACUAUUCUUACUGGCGGAGCUGGAUUAUUCAGUACUUUCUCCCCAAAUUACGUAUCCCUGUUGAUUCUUCGCUGCUUGGUUGGCGUUGGCGUUGGCGUUGGCGGGACGACUGUUUUCUGCUCCUGGUUUCUAGAGUUUGCUCCCUCCUGGAAUGCUUGUUUCUGAUAGUACAAUUGGACUGGAUGAAGAAUCUUCUGCGUCAGAAUAUACCCCUCUACUCUCAACUAAGUAGGGAGCAAAGCAAAAGUGGCUCGAGCACUGUCUUGCGAUCAGAAAAUCUUCAGGAUGACAGCCUCCACGUAGAUGUAUUUAUUACUAGUUUGGCAGAGAUUCCUGGGCUUAUUCUGUCAGCAGUUGUUGUGGAUACAAUUGGACGCAGGCUCUCGAUAUCAUUCAUGUUUGCCUCAGCUUGUAUUUUCCUCUCUCCUCUGUUUUACCAUCAAUCUGCAACUUUAACAACAACAUUGAUGUUCGGAGCUCGCAUGAGUAGCAGAGUACUCUCCACGCUUGCUACAAUAUAUGCUCAGGAGGUAAGCCCUGGAAUUCACGCAUUUCGUUGUAUCCGAAGGGCAACUGGUUUUGGGGUUGCAAGUGCUGUACGGAGGGUUGGUGGCAUGAUAACCCCCCUUGUAGCGGUCGGACUAGUGACCGGUGGCCAUCAUACAGAAGCUAUCAUCCUGCUAGACAUUGUGAUGGCUAUGUCAGGACUCUGUGUCCUGCUCAUCCCAGUCCAAACCAAGGGACAUGAAUUCAGUGACAGCGUAGAUGUAUCUGAUUCAAAACAAGUUGUUGCUGCCGGGCAGUAA